AUGCUGUCGACCAAGCUAAUCCUGCUGUUCUUUGCUACUGCUUCGCUUCCUGGAGUGUACACGCUCGAUAGUCCAAAGGACACACCCUCUGAAGACAUUCCCGCGUCAAACCACGAUCUGGCUCUACGGGAGUCUGUAAACCAACAGCUUACUUGCAUUUCUAGUUGCACAUCAGCGAACCUAGACGUAUCGGUGCAAGCCAUAUCCUUUCCAACGUCCAAGAUUCUGUCCAGGCCACCUCGUUUCUCUUUUCGGUCAUCAGAGGUUACGCUUACCCCAUCACUUGCCCUGGGACCGGGUCCGGGCGCGUCCUCACCGCCCACAUCUCUUUCCAUACCUUCGCCGGAGAUUUCAGAUGCAACUUUCGUGACUGCAGCACCAAAUCAGCCCUCCAUUUUCCAUGGAGAGCCAAACCAGGUGCUGGCAUCGCCCGCACAACCAUCAACACAACAGCAACUUCAAACCCCAAUGUCUCCUGCCCCUACCUAUUCAUCUAUAUCGAUUAAGUCACGUCUGCCAUUUAUUAUUAGUGAUCCAGUACCAGGCGGUCUACCUCCACAUUUUCUCACUACAUCUCCCUCUCCAGAGCUGGCUUUUCCCAUGCCGCCUUCGUUCCCCGACAACCCAUCGCCAAGUACAUUGCUAGAGGAAUCUCCAGCUGUGCCAAAACUAACGCAUGUUCCAACCCCACUGCCAAGAAGCUCACCGGGAGUGCUGCCAAUUACUCUACUUGCGCCUACAUUAUCUUCUCCUACAGGCCCGUCUAUGCCUGGUGUAUCAGUAGUGCCUGGCGCGUCUGCAGUCAUCAUCCCUCUCACGCCCAGUGUGAUUGUGCAGGUGCCGCAGCAACCGUUCGCGUUCACCACCAUCACAGAAAUGUACGACGGAACAACGACCGGUAUAUUUGUCGUUGCCACCCCAUAUCUUCCAGGCCAAACAGGCACCGUCAUCGUCCGGAUUCCGCAGACGCUUGCUGUAGAUCUCAAAUUCACAACCAUCACGUCUGUCUACUCGGGAACGGAUGUAGCUACUUUGACGGCAGCUACACCUAGUCUCUUGGGACAGGUCGGCACUGUAAUUGUGCAGUUACCAGCGGGCUCCACCACACUCAGCUCACUACACCCUAGUUUAGCCUUGACGGCCGCGAUUACCGCAGUUCCUAGUGCAGUUGACGAAUUCGGCACUAUCCGUGUUCAGAUACCACAGCAAUUUACUGCACUUACUUUAUUGAGUACACCUGGAGCUUCACAGACUGUGGAUCUCUCGCCUGGAAAUUCUACCGUUGCGGGUACGAUGAGCAGGCUUGGACUACUGUAUACAUCAAGCAUUAUGCCGCCGUUUAUCGGUGGUGCGGGUCGAGAGGCGGUGAUUGGUUGGCCAUGGAUACUUCUUGGCGUUGCUGGAAUGGUACUCGCUUGGCUGUGA